AUGGGAAAGGAGAAACUCCACAUCAACAUCGUGGUGAUCGGUCACGUGGACUCAGGCAAAUCCACCACCACGGGACACCUCAUCUACAAAUGCGGUGGAAUCGACAAGAGAACGAUCGAAAAGUUUGAGAAAGAGGCCGCAGAGAUGGGGAAGGGGUCCUUUAAGUACGCCUGGGUGCUGGACAAACUUAAGGCAGAGAGGGAGCGCGGCAUCACCAUCGACAUCUCUCUGUGGAAGUUUGAGACAAGUAAAUAUUACGUGACCAUCAUCGACGCUCCUGGACACAGGGACUUCAUCAAAAACAUGAUUACAGGCACCUCUCAGGCGGACUGCGCGGUGUUGAUUGUGGCCGCUGGAGUGGGCGAGUUUGAGGCUGGCAUCUCUAAGAACGGGCAGACCCGAGAGCACGCCCUGCUGGCGUACACGCUGGGCGUCAAACAGCUCAUCGUGGGCAUCAACAAGAUGGACUCGACCGAACCCAACUACAGUCAGAAGCGCUACGAGGAGAUCGUGAAGGAAGUCAGCACUUACAUAAAGAAGAUCGGCUACAACCCAGAUACCGUGGCCUUCGUGCCCAUAUCCGGGUGGAACGGAGACAAUAUGCUGGAGCCCAGUGCCAACAUGACCUGGUUUAAGGGCUGGAAGAUUAAUCGUAAGGAUGGCAGUGUUUCUGGGACGACUCUCCUCGAGGCGCUGGACGCCAUCCAACCCCCGACCCGCCCGACCGAUAAACCCCUCAGACUGCCCCUGCAAGACGUCUACAAAAUCGGAGGUAUUGGCACGGUGCCCGUGGGGCGUGUGGAGACUGGCAUCCUAAAGCCGGGCAUGGUGGUCACCUUUGCCCCAGUCAACGUGACCACUGAGGUGAAGUCUGUGGAGAUGCAUCACGAGGCCCUGUCCGAAGCUCUGCCUGGAGACAACGUGGGCUUUAACGUGAAGAAUGUCUCGGUCAAGGACGUCCGCCGAGGCAACGUCGCCGGGGACAGCAAGAACGACCCGCCGCAGGAGGCGGCCAACUUCACUGCGCAGGUGAUCAUCCUGAACCACCCAGGCCAGAUCAGCGCCGGUUACGCCCCGGUGCUGGACUGCCACACCGCACACAUCGCCUGCAAGUUUGCCGAGCUGAAGGAGAAGAUCGACCGCCGCUCGGGGAAAAAGCUGGAGGACAAUCCCAAGAGCCUGAAGUCUGGAGACGCAGCCAUCGUGGACAUGAUUCCCGGGAAGCCCAUGUGCGUGGAGAGCUUCUCCGAGUACCCUCCUCUAGGGCGCUUUGCGGUUCGGGACAUGCGUCAGACCGUGGCCGUGGGGGUGAUCAAAGGAGUGGAGAAGAAGACCCCGACGAGCGGCAAAAUCACCAAGUCUGCCCAGAAGGCUCAGAAGGCCAAAUGA